CGGUGCCCACCACGAUCCCGCCGCUCCCCGGGCCCGAGGGUGGGGCCCUCGCGGGGUGGCCCCUCCCCGCCCCUCCCCGCCCCUCCCUUCCUCCCGCCAGGCCGCCGGCCUCCCCAGCCCUGCCGGCCCUCCCACGGGCGGCGCGGCACUCGGGCAGCCGCGUUCGCUCGGAGCCUGCAGCCGCGAGCCCGGGAGCCGGGGCCAUGGGUUGCGACGGCCGCGUGUCAGGUCUGCUCCGCCGCAACCUGCAGCCCACGCUCACCUACUGGAGCGUCUUCUUCAGCUUCGGCCUGUGCAUCGCCUUCCUGGGGCCCACGCUGCUGGACCUGCGCUGCCAGACUCACAGCUCGCUGUCCCAGAUCUCCUGGGUCUUCUUCUCGCAGCAGCUCUGCCUCCUGCUGGGCAGCGCCCUCGGGGGCAUCUUCAAGAGGACGCUGGCCCAGUCGUUAUGGGCCCUCUUCACCUCUUCUCUGGCCAUCUCGCUGGUGUUCGCUGUCAUCCCCUUCUGCAGCGACGUGAAGGUGCUGGCCUUGGUCAUGGCACUGGCAGGCCUGGCCAUGGGCUGCAUCGACACUGUGGCCAACAUGCAGCUGGUGCGGAUGUACCAGAAGGACUCGGCCAUCUUCCUCCAGGUGCUCCAUUUCUUUGUGGGCUUUGGCGCUCUACUGAGCCCCCUGAUCGCCGACCCCUUCCUCUCUGAGGGUGACUGCUCACCUGCCAACAGCACAGCCAGUGCCACCUCCAGCAGCCACCUGUUCCAUGCCUCCAGGCUCCUGGGCCAGCAGCCCUCAGAGGCCCAGCCUCAGUUCAACCAGACGCCCUCCGUGCUGCCCCCACAGGAUGGGACAGGGACCCGCGUGUCCUACGCCUUUUGGAUCAUGGGCCUGAUCAAUCUUCCAGUGCCCAUGGCUGUGCUGCUUCUGCUGUCCAAGGAGCGGCUACUCACCUGCUGCCCCCGGAGAAGCCCCCUGCUCCUGUCUGCAGAUGAGCUUGCCCUGGAGACGCAGCCUCCUGAGAAGAAAGAUACUUCCUCAGUGCCCCCAAAGUGUCAGCCAAACCCAGGGCACGAGGACCUGUUCAGCUGCUGCCAAAGGGAGAACUUCAAAGGAGCCCCUUGUUCCUUCUUUGCCAUCCACAUCACAGCUGCCCUGGUCCUGUUCAUGACAGAUGGGAUGACGGGGGCAUAUUCCGCCUUUGUGUACAGCUAUGCGAUGGCGAAACCACUGUCUGUGGGACACAAGGUGGCCGGCUACCUCCCCAGCCUCUUCUGGGGCUUCAUCACCCUGGGCCGGCUCUUCUCCAUUCCCAUCUCCUCAAGAAUGAAGCCAGCUACCAUGGUUUUCAUCAACAUGGUCGGCGUGGUGGUGACGUUCCUGGUGCUUCUCAUCUUUGCCUACAACAUGGUCCUCCUGUUUGUGGGAACAGCAAGUCUGGGCCUGUUCUUGAGCAGCACCUUCCCCAGCAUACUGGCCUACACUGAGGACAUCCUCCAGUACAGAGGCUGUGCGACCACAGUGCUGGUGACGGGGGCAGGGAUCGGCGAGAUGGUGCUCCAGAUGCUUGUUGGUUCGAUAUUCCAGGCUCAGGGCAGCUAUAGUUUCCUGGUCUGUGGAGUGAUCUUUGGUUGCUUGGCUUUUACCUUCUAUAUCUUGCUCCUGUUUUUCCACAGGAUGCACCCUGGACAAUCAGCAGUUCCUACCGAGGACAAACCCACUGGGAUGGAAAAUUCUGAAUGCUACCAGAGGUAGAACUGGGUAAAGGAGCAAGUGAAGACUUCCAGCCUCUUGGACACCAACCCACUGUUUAAGGAAGUUGGGGGUGGAGGAAGAGGCAAUCUCUCAGAUGACUGUUCAAAUCCUCUCCACUAAUACUUGAUUGGGUAGAAGAAAUUAAAUUGAGUUCUGGGACCUGGGUCCUCCCCAGACAAAUCAUUAGAAGUUUACUUGGCUCUUCCAGUUACUUUCCUUUUCCCUGGUUCAGACUUUUGGUAAGAGCUGCCCAGGAUACGCAGAUGGGAAGGAGGAAGACCGCCACACACUUCACUCCAUCAGCUGGGUCACACAUGGACCAUACCCUGGGAUGAGGGCACUCUUAGUUGAAGUUUGAAAAAAUGGGUUGAAAUUAUAAAGCUCAUUGCUCUGUGUAGAUAUAUUUUAAAUGAACCAAACAACCCCCAACGUAUUCCCUGGCAUGCUCAAAGGAUUAUAUGCUUUGUACCUAUUAAUAAUCCAAAGCCCCUCAAAUUCCUGACACUGGUAUCAGUAGUUUAUCUAUAUUCUAAAGCCUCAAAAGAAGAAGUUGAAGCUUGCUAUCUUCUGGUCACUAAACCAGUGGCAUGCUGGAGUUAGCUUGUCCCAGUUUAUACAAGCUGACUGUUAAAUUUUCAUCUUGAGAACUGGCUGUUAAACACAGUCAUUAUUAAAAAUUAAAUUAUAUAAACUUAUAAUUAAAUAAAUUAAAAACAAAGGUAACAAAUACUCAAAACUCAUGACUUCCUAAUGAUUACCUUUUACUGUUACUGACACUUUUGAGGUUAUUUAUGUCUGCUGUAUGUGUAUGGUGGAAAUGCUGUAAAAGGCUGUGCUCCUCUUCAUCCCUUCCCAGCCCUGCUUUCAGUGAUAUGUUGCUAGCUUGAAAUCAGCCAUGGUGGGAGUAUUUGCACCACAGAAGUUGGCAAAAGCCACAAAUCAUGCGGUUUUUUUCCCAUUAGUAUUUCCCAGUUGUUAGUAUUUCCCAGCCUACCAUUACUAACAAUCAAUGCUAAUUGGCCUGGGAGAAUGAGUUAGAGAUUCUGUUUUUCUUUACUGAGGUUCACUAGCUUACAAAGGUGUAAAAACAGUAUUUAGAAUUUCCAAAAAUAUCUCAGUUAAAUUUUACAUUUUUUAUAAAGGGGGAAAAAAAGCUCUUUAUACCAGGCCAAGGUCUUUUUUUAACAAAAACUUGGGACUACUGAACAAUUCCAGCUGUGCAGUAUACUGAAAGCAGCGCCUGUCAAGAAGUUACAGCUCCUGUCCAUAACCAAUCCUGCAGUGAUACAAUGAGGAAAUGCAAACAUAUCAGCUUAGAAAGGGAUGAGAGUACCUAGACCUCAGUAAGUAACGAAAUGGCUAGUACAGUGACUGUUUGCUUAUAUAUUGGUUUACCUGCACUUUCUCUAUGUGUAUGCAAAUGUACAUGUAUAAAUAUAAAAAUUAAAUGGAUGAUGGUUCUCAAUAACCUGUACCCAGUACUGCGGUUCACAUGCAUGACCCAAAAAAGGGUUUUCCUGGACCUGUAGGCUUCAUGAAGUCAGCCAGCGCCAUCCACCAGCAAUAUGGUGUAGUGAGGCGAAUCUGGCAAUAGAGAGAGAGAGCUGGUUCAAGCACUGGCUUCACCUGUUCUAGCUGUUGUGUGGCCCCAGGAAGAUUACUGAGGCUCUUUCAACCUCACUUUUUUUCUUUUUUUAUCUGUAAAGAGACAUUUAUUAAACUACUUCCCCUACCUCAAAGGAAUUCUGAAAGGAUUAACUGAGAAAAUUUGUGUAGAGAACCUACUAAAUGUUAGCAAGUUUUAUUUUUAAAACCUCCUCAUAAGCAUAUGUGUGGUACAUGUUUAUCAUAAGUCAACCAGAUCCAACUUCUUUUGAAAGCUGGUGGCCCAAGGGUAUAGUUUUAACUAUGAUUGUAAAUACUUAAAAAAUAAUAUGUCUAUGCAAGAAGUUUUAGGUACCCACCAAACUUCAUUGUACAAUCUAACUGUAGUGACUUACUGACCUUGGCAAAAAGGAAACAGCUGUAUUUUUCUUGUGGUUUUUCAAGAAAACUUCCUUUUCAUACAGAGUUAGAGAGAGGAAUCAAUGGCUGUAUCUAAGCAGAUCGUGAUUAACUGGAGAAUAUAGAAAAUAAGAUUGAAACAAAACCAAGAUUACCCUUCCUAAAAUAAAAUAUUUUAAAUGCAAUAAUGUGUUAUCUAUUAUAAAGGGCAAUUAAUCCUCUAAUAAGCACACAAACAAAUGAUCUAACAUUCUC